AUGGCUAUGGAACCUUCAUCCAGUUCUGGACAAUCCAAGAAUAUUUCCAGGAAACCCAAAUAUUCUAGAUUCUCUCAGCAAGAACUUCCUGCAUGGCAACCAAUUCUAACACCUGGAUGGGUCAUUUCAAUAUUUACAUUUAUAGGACUCAUUUUCAUUCCUAUUGGGGUUGCUUCAUUGUUUGCGUCAGAACGAGUGGUUGAAGUUCCUUUCCGAUACGAUGAUCAGUGUCUUCCGUCUUUAUAUAGUCACGAUGCAAUGGCGUAUAUAAAAGAUGAUAGGAUUAACAAAACUUGCGCUGUGAAGUUCACUGUUAAGAAUAGAAUGAAAGCUCCAAUCUAUGUAUAUUAUCAGCUUGGUAACUUUUACCAGAACCAUCGCCGAUAUGUUAAAAAUAGAGAUGAUAAACAACUGAGGAGUAAGGCAGAUGCGAAUGAAGUUAGCUCAUGCCAUCCUGAAGCCUAUACUCCAAGUGGUCAGCCAAUUGUUCCGUGUGGCCUUAUUGCGUGGAGUUUGUUUAAUGACACAUACAGAAUUUCAAAUAAUAACAAGGACUUAGUGAUCAACAAAAAGAACAUAGCGUGGAAAAGUGACCAAAAGGCCAAAUUCGGGUCUGAUGUUUAUCCUAGGAAUUUUCAGUCUGGAGGUUUGAUUGGGGGUGCUAGACUUAAUGAGAGCAUACCUUUGAGUGAACAAGAAGAUCUGAUUGUUUGGAUGAGAACGGCAGCACUGCCUACAUUCAGAAAAUUAUACGGGAAGAUUGAAGUUGACCUUGAAGUUAACGAUGAAAUAACGAUAGUAAUUAAGAACAACUAUAAUACGUAUGAGUUUGGAGGAAGGAAGAGUGUGGUUCUGUCAACCACAACAUGGAUUGGUGGAAAAAAUGACUUCUUGGGGAUUGCAUAUAUUAUCAUUGGUGGCCUUUCCUGGUUGUACUCUCUAGUUUUCCUAAUUAUGUAUAUGAUGAAGCCAAGACCCCUUGGAGAUCCAACAUACCUGUCUUGGAACAGAAACCAUGAAUCUAGGAGGUGA